AUGAUGCUCAGAGCAAGCGGUUCAAUAUUCCGAACAACAGUGCUUUUCCCAACCCCAAUUUCAAGCAGCAGCAAUAACAACAACAACAGAAUCGAUUAUUCUCAUUUCCUUAACAACCGAAGAAGAAGCAGAAUAACAACAGUGGUGUGCGGUCUCCGUUCAUGCAAAAAAAAAAAGCCACCGUCAAUGGUAAUUUCAAAAGAAAGCGUUCAAGUUAUUCACGCUCUCAAACUCGCCAGAAAUUCCGACGAUAAAAUCAACCAAGUUCUUAAGUCAAAACUCCUCAGACUCUUGAAGGCUGAUGUGUUGGACGUUUUGGCUGAAUUGCAAAGACAAAACCAACUCCAUUUAUCUCUUAAGGUUUUCGAGUUUAUUAUUGGCGAGGAGGAAGCUGGGAAUGAUGCAUUGCUGUUACAGUUGUAUUCUGACAUGAUACUGUUAUUGGGAAAGAAUAAGAUGUUUGAGAUGGCGAAAGAGAUGUUCGAUCGGGUGGUGGAAAAGGGGUUGAAACCGGAUACGAGGUUGUUUAAUGAGAUGAUUGGGGUUUAUUUGCAAGAUGGUAAUACUGAGAAGGCGUUGGAGGUUUACGGAUCAAUGAAGGGUUUAGGUUCGGGGUGUUUGCCGGAUGAAUUGACGUUUACGAUAUUGAUUAGAAGUCUAAUGAAGAAUGGAGAAAAUGAGCUUGUUGAAAGUUUGAAAAAGGAGAGUUUUGAUUAUGUUAAUGCACCUGAUAAAUUUGUUCAGAAAGUUCAGCAAAUACAUGCAAAACGACAUGUCAAUCUGGUUGUGUAA